CGCCGCCCGGCCGGGCGUGGAUGGAGGUGGCGGAGCCCGCACAGCGCCGCGAGUGAGCGGCAGAGCGGCCGGACCUCAGCGGACUCACCAUGGAGGACGAGGGCGUGAAGGAGGGCAGUGAGAAGCCUCAGGGAGCACGGACAGCGGACAAGGCUGGCUGGAUCAAGAAGAGCAGUGGGGGCCUCCUGGGUUUCUGGAAAGACCGCUAUCUGCUCCUCUGCCAGGCCCAGCUGCUGGUCUACGAGAAUGAGGACGAGCAGAAGUGUGUGGAGACAGUGGAGCUGGGCAGCUACGAGAAGUGCCAGGACCUUCGAGCGCUCCUCAAGCGGAAACACCGUUUUAUCUUGCUUCGAUCCCCAGGGAACAAGGUCAGUGACAUCAAAUUUCAGGCUCCCAGUGGGGAGGAGAAGGAAUCCUGGAUCAAAGCUCUCAAUGAAGGGAUCAACCGAGGCAAGAACAAGGCUUUUGAUGAGGUAAAGGUAGACAAGAGCUGUGCCCUAGAGCAUGUGACCCGGGACCGGGUGCGGGGGGGCCAACGGCGCCGGCCACCAACGAGAGUCCACCUGAAGGAGGUCGCAAGUGCGGCUUCUGACGGGCUUCUGCGCCUGGACCUCGAUGUUCCGGAUAGUGGGCCACCCGUGUUUGCCCCAAGCAAUGAUGUCAGUGCAGCCCAGCCCCGGGAGACACCCCGGCCCCCCAUGCCUCCUGCCAAGCCUUCCCCUGUGCCCGAGACAACCAGCCUUGGUGACAGCAUGCAGAGAACCCCAACCCCUGUCUCAGCAAGCCCUGAGGCCCACCCUGAGAGCCAAGGGGACUCAGAGACCCCAGCAGGGGAGGACAGUGGUUCUGAGCAGCCCCCCAACAGCAUCCUGCCUGACAGACUGAAGGUGAGCUGGGAAAACCCCAGCCCCGAGGAGCCCUCUGCUCCAGAGAGAGCAGAACCGUCCCAGGUACCCCAUUUGGAGACUUCUGAGGCUGUCCCCAGGGAGGGUGGGAAGCCCCCUACACCUCCGCCUAAGAUCUUAUCAGAGAAACUGAAAACCUGCAUGAGUGGGAUGGAGGCUUCUGGGCCAGUCCAGAAUCCUCGGGCCCCUGAGACCUCUGCCCCAGGCUCAGCGCAGGUUUCAGUGAAUGGCGUCGAUGACAGUCCUGAGCCUGCCAAGCUAUCCCAAGCUGCAGGCAUCCCAGGAACUCCCCCAAAGGAUGUGGCCACAUCCUCAGCACAGCCCCUCUGGGAACUGCCACCUCAGCUCCAUCCGCGCUGCUCUUCCCUUGGAGACCUGUUUGGGGAAGGCCCCCGGCAUCCAAGGCAGCCCAGGGAACGGCUGUAUCGGGCUCAGCUGGAGGUGAAGGUGGCCUCAGAACAGACAGAGAAACUGUUGAACAAGGUGCUGAGCAGUGAGCCGGCCCCUGUGAGUGCCAAGACUUUGCUCAGCCAGGCUGUGGAGCAGCUGAGGCAGGCCACCCAGGUCCUGCAGGAAAUGCGAGAUUUGGGAGAGCUGAGCCAGGAAGCACCUGGGCUGAGGGAGAAGCGGAAGGAGCUGGCAACCCUCUACAGGAGAAGUGCACCCUAGGCCUGCUGGGAUGGGGUGAGGUCCCUCCUGGCCACCUGUCCAUCAAAGCCCAGCCCUGCUGAGAAAGGUCCUUCUGCUCAGGCUGUAGAUGGACCAUUGGGCAUGUCAGGGUUUGACCUGAAGAGACUCCUGGUGUUUUUCCUGCACUGCCCUGGCCAGUGGUGCCAGGUGCCACCCAGGGCCAUUGUCUGGCUCUCUGGCCCAUCCCCUGAGCUCUGGGCUUGGUCUGGGAGCACACUCUUGGGACCUACGUGCUUGUGAGGUUGUUCCAAACUGCUGCAGGGCUUUGGUGCAGCACUUGGGGUUUCUGGGGGUGGCAUCAUCUCUGCUCCCCACCUCCAGUAGUUUACAUUCUUGACUUCUGAAUAGAGCACAGCUGAGCCUCCCUACAGUCCCCAUUUCCGUCCGAUAUUCCCAAGCAGAGAGCCUCAUGGCAGAGGCAGCCCCAUAGCCAGCCCCCUCCCACCUAUUCCAAGUAGCUGCAGAGGCCUUGGGUCCAGGCUAUAGGUUCGUACCUCAGCUGGGUGAAACCUGGACCCUGCUAGGGCCUCUUGAGGCAGAUGGAAAGCAUCUGUGGGAGGAGGCCAUCUGCUCUGUGGCCCCUCUCUGGGUCUGUUUGCUUUUCUGCAAAACCAGGGCAUUUCCUGCAGUCCCUUCCUCUCUGGUGAGCUAUGAUUAGAGGGCUUAGAGCUGGAGGAUUCCAGGGCAGAAGAGGGACUCGAAGGGUCUCCUAGUCUUGUACCUGCCCCUGGACCACCUUGGGUCCAGCCUUGCACAUUCCUGAAGAGGCAAACCUCAGAGUGGCCCGAGUGUCAAACUCAGAAAAACCUGUGAUAAAUCAACCUUCAGAAGAGAAUCCCCCCAACUUCUGUGUCUCCCAGGUGGGAUUUAGCUGGGUCUCUGUGGUUCCUCUUCAGCCUAAACAGGUCCAGUGUCACCAUCAUUUCUUCAAAUGCUGAUGGGUGUAUGUUGGGUUCUGAAACCACUUUGCUCUUCCCUCCAUCCCUCUGGUUCGGGCCCCAGAUGGGUGGCUCCUCCUUAACUUCCUAGAGGAAGGAGCAUUUUUUCCUUUCCUUGUCCUGGUCCAUUCCUGUGCCCUGGUCCUCUUUCCUCCUCCUGUCCCCCAUUGUCCCUGGCUCUGGGAGCACAUCCAGUGUCCACCCCGCUGCAGCAGCUGGACUGAGGGCAGAGCCCCCACACCCAGACAUUCUCCCUGGGACCUGUGGGGGUGGGAGCAGCCUCCAGCAGGACCUGCCCAGGAGGUUUCUGCAUGUGCACUUUUGUUUACUGAAAGAGACUGGAGGGUCACAGCAGCAUGCCCUGGCCUUUCUGCCCAUUGUGCCCAUUUCCAAUCACCAGUCAUGCCCACUGAGGCCUGCCAGUGCAGGUCAAUGCCUUCAUUACUGUACUGUCACUUUGUUCUUGGGGGUGGUGGGCAGGGUUCAGGAGGGGCAGAUGUCUGCUCUGGCCUGCACCAGGCAGGGACAGUAGUGAGCAUCAAUGCCAUGGCUUCUGAGGACCCCUCAGUCUCCCCAGACCACACUCCUUGGACAAACUGGGUUCUCAUGCCACGGUCUGCCUUUUCCUUCAUCUGUCUCCAGUACAAGAGCGAGAAUGGCAUCAGGUACCCACAGCCACAUGAUCCCUGCCCUCUUUCCUUAGGGAACAGCCUUCCUCCACCAGCUGCCAGGGCUGUCUGGGGCUUUGGCCAGGUCACUUACUUCCAGGAAUUAGAGCCUCAGUUUCUUCCUCUCUCAAGUGACCAGGCUGGGCAGGUAGUUCUGGGGCCACUUAUGUGGCUAAAUGCCAUUGGUUCCCAUGGGAUCCCCAGGCCUUAGUAACCUGGGCCCCAAGGGGGAAGCCGGCUUCAGGGGAGGGGAAAGGGGCACGGGAAUAGGCAGGGGCUGCCUUGCGUGCCCCCUUGAGGAGGAUGGCAUUCAGUGUCUUCUGCUGAUGAAGCGCCUUUCUUGA